UCUCACUCUGUGCGCGACUGAAGGAGGGGGGCGUGGCGGCGGUGGCAGUGCUUCUGAGUCUGGCAUGGCGCUGCCUGGAGCUGCAAGGCUGCUGUGGCGGGAGAGGCUCCCUUGGAGGCCCGCGGUGGCCCUCAGGACCGGGCUGGGCUUCCCUCAGUUGAUGGGUCGCAGACAAAAAUCAUCUCCCAGUUUCCUUAACCGGACCGAUCUUCCAAAACUAGCCUAUCAUAAACUAAAAGGCAAGAAUCCUGGAGUUGUCUACCUCGCAGGCCUUUUUUCAAACAUGAAUGGCGAAAAAGCACUUGCGCUGGAAGACUACUGCAAAUCAGUUGGCCAUGCUUUUGUAAGGUUUGAUUACAGAGGCUGUGGAAGUUCAGAUGGCAACAUUAAAGAAAGUACAUUGGGAAAGUGGCGGAAGGAUGUUCUUUCAAUACUGGAUGAACUCACACAAGGACCACAGAUUUUAGUUGGUGCCAGUCUGGGUGGAUGGCUGAUGCUUCAUGCUGCUAUUGCUCGUCCAGAAAAGGUGGCAGCAUUAGUUGGAAUAGCUGUAGCCGCAGACCAUUUUGUAGCCACUUUUCAACAGCUUCCUGUAGAGGUAAAAAAAGAAAUAGAAGAAAAGGGUGAAUGGAGGCUGCCAACCAAGCACAAUGAAGAAGGAGUUUAUUCUGUACCAUAUGAACUCAUUCAGGAAGCAGAAAAUCACUGUGUUUUGACUAGUCCCCUUCCCAUAAAGUGUCCUGUGCGUCUUAUUCAUGGCUUGAAGGAUGAAGAUGUCCCAUGGCAGAUCUCCAUGAAAGUUGCUGAACGUGUUGUUGGUGCAGAUGUGGAUGUUAUUCUUCGCAAAGGUGGUGGUCAUCGAAUGAAGGAAAAGGAGGAUAUCAAACUUAUUGUAUACACUGUGGAAGAUUUGAUUGAGCAGCUGAGUACCUAGCAACAGGAACAUAGGGUUAUCAUGUCUCAGUCAGGAAAAAAUUGGUUCAGAGCAUGACUCUUCCACUAGAGAGACCUGGAGCUUUACAAUUAUUUUCUUACCUUUCUAAAUUUGUUUGUAGAUACAGCUAUCUUCUUAAUGCUGCAUUUGCACAAAAGAUAAACUGUGAAGACAAGCUGCUGUUUAAUCCUUUUCUGCCCAAAAGAAAUCACCAUUGACCCUUAUGCAAUGUGCAUUUUACAUUUUCAUACCCAGGUAUAUUUGUGCCAAUAAUUAUUGCCUUUUAUCUUGUAGUACAGUGUGACUUUUCCAUUCUUUUUUACACCUUAAAUAAAUAUGCAUUAUAAUGUU